AUGUUAAUAAUAAAUCAGAAGACAGCUUCUGAGAUGUUUGAGUCAGAUGACAUGAUCAUGAAAGAACAGUCUGACAAGUUUAACAAUGAAUAUGAAGACUCAGUUGAAGAUAUCAGUGAGAUGUCAGACAAUGCAGAGAGCUCAACUACUGAUGAAUCUCUCAUCUCUGAUGAAAAGAUCUCUGCAAAUAAUGCUCAAGACAAGGAUAAGAAAGACAAGAACAAAGACAAUAACAAGGACAAGAACACUGAAUUCAAACCUGAAUGUAGAGUUAAUGAUAAAUACUCUGAGAAACAUUCUUCAAACUUCAAUACAAAUAGAAACAAGAAUAAAGACAAGGAUGUGAAGAAUACAGAUACUGCUUCUAUUUACAAUGUCAUGAAGCAAGUAUUUUACAUCAAGAAAAAGACCUAUGAAUCUUGUUAUGACAAAACCUCAGAAGAUGAAAGUGAUGUUGAAAAUGACAGAUGA